AAGGGAUAGUAAUUCAAUCCACACUUCUGUCAUACUUCACUGCCAAGUUGAGGGCGUCAUAGCCAUGGGGGUAAUGUUGUUAUGAAAUGGACAAACAUUCAUGGACGAAGGUUUGCAGAGGAAGAUUCGUGCUUUCAAAUUUAUUCAAAGAAAUGCAUACCCCUUCGGCUGAACAUCCACGUACAUGGGUGAAGAUUUGGGGUCGUGAAGAUCUGCUGAUGAAGAAUUAUUGAAGAUCUGCAGACGAAAGAUUGCUUAGAAGGAGAAAUAUGAUGGGUGACCAAAUGCGUUACGAACAAAUGUGGAGAUCAGGCCAAGCUAUGUGGAUACAGAGAAGUUUGGAAAUAACAAUAUGGAUACAAAGGCGGGAAGAAGAUGAGCCUGUUUCAGAUGGCAAUUAUGAUAAUAAGUGUCAUUUUGAAAGCGUCAGUCAUGUUCCUCACACGCUCUGAAUAUGACCGCGGCGUCAACACCUUCUCUCCCGAGGGACGACUCUUUCAGGUCGAGUACGCCAUCGAGGCCAUCAAACUGGGCUCCACGGCGAUCGGCAUCCAGACGUCGGAGGGCGUGGUGCUCGCCGUCGAGAAGCGCGUCACCUCUCCUCUCAUGGAGCCCACAACACUAGAGAAGAUCGUCGAGAUCGAUAAACACAUCGGCUGCGCCGUCUCGGGUCUGAUCGCCGACUCCCGGACCAUGAUUGACCGGGCCCGUGUGGAGGCGCAGAACCACUGGUUCCUCUACAACGAGCGCAUGAAGGUCGAGUCGGUGGCGCUGGCCGUCUCCAACCUGGCCAUCCAGUUCGGCGACGCUGACGCCGAAACUGCCAUGUCGCGGCCGUUCGGCGUUGCGAUGCUGUUUGGCGGUAUCGAUGAAAAUGGCGCCCAGCUGUACCACAUGGACCCGUCGGGCACAUUUGUGCGGUACAGCGCAAAGGCCAUCGGCUCGGGUAGCGAGGGCGCACAGCAGAGUCUCGAGGAGACCUACCACAAGUCGAUCACGCUGAAGGAGGCGCUCAAGUCUGCGCUGACCAUCCUGAAGCAGGUGAUGGAGGAGAAGUUGAACGCCUCCAACGUCGAACUGGCCACCAUCACACCCGAGAACAAUUUCCAGAUGUACUCGAAAGAGCAGCUCGAGACGCUCAUCGCCAACAUCUGAGCUGUGUGCGACCGUCACGUGACCAUCUGAGGUGUUUUGGGGGACUGUGAAGACUCACACUGGCUGACAGUGGCUCGGACCUAUAUUGGGUCGGACUUGGGAGGUGUGCUCCCAGCGCCUCGCACGUGUCUUGCGUUGGAGUUCCGUUGACGCCGCUAAUACAUUGUCCUGUCGUA